AUCGGAGUGGGGCUGCUGGUCCAAUGUAACAUCCAAUAGUAUAAAAGCACCGAAUUAGCCUCCAGAGGAUUAGUUACAUUUAAUUAUUUAGUCUGGUAGUUACUAUGUGUGAUAUUAGGCUGUUAUUAAUAGCAACUCUGGUGGGUCUUUGUUCUACGGCCCGACUAGACAGCACUUAUUUGCCGCCAGGUGGCGCUCAAGGAGCCGGCGGAGGCCCCGGACUAGCAACACCGUUUGGCGGCGGGGGCAGAAAUGGCGGUAGGCCUGGUAAUGGCGGACCCAGGCCUACAUAUGGUGCGCCAGGCGGUGGCGGUGGCGGUGGCGGCGGCGGAGGCGGCGGUGCUGGGGCGGGUGCCGACGCUCAAGCCACGAUAAUCUCAUACGAAAAUAAUAACGACGGGAGUGGAAACUACAAAUGGAGUUACGAGACCAGCAAUGGCAUUAAAGCGGAGGAAGCGGGCGAACUUAAAAACGCGGGAAGUGAGGCGGAGGCGCAAUCGGCUGUUGGUUCGUUUUCUUAUACUGCACCGGACGGCACCGAAAUCAAAAUCGAAUAUACCGCCGACGAGAAUGGAUUCGUUCCCAAGGGAGAUCAUUUGCCCACCCCGCCACCAAUCCCACCAGAAAUCUUGAAAUCGCUCGAGGAGAACGCGGCUGAGGAAGCGGCCGGUAACGGAUACCCUUCGGGAGGGUCAAAUGGGAACGGCAAUGGAAACGGUGCUGCCAACGGUUACAGAUAUUAAUACUAAUAUUAGUUAUGAUAACGUCAUUUAUGGAUUGUGUUAUCUAUGACAUUUAAUUAUAGUUAUUUAUUUUAUUGCAUUACUUUACUUGUGAAUAUAUGCCAUUUCAACUUGCAUCUAUUUUGUAAGUCAAUAUGUACUAAGUUUUCCUAGUUUUAUAUCAAAAUGUGUAAUUAUGACGACUACGCGACGAAACGGCACUUGAUCUUAUGAAUAAGUACGUGUUAUAAGAUUGUGAUUCUUCCUUGCAAAAUAUGUAAAUAUGCCCUUCAAAGAAAUAAAUUGUUCUUUUUUGGAAGAU